AUGGCCCCGACAAUCAAGUCGGCCUUGCCAUUCCACCGGUCUCACUCAACUCCCGAUCUCCUGACCUUCUCCACGCCGCCGCUGUCGUCUCCUCCCGCUCCAGUCUCGCCCCAAUUCCUGCCGCUCUCACCCGCAUUAAGGCCCGCCACGGGAACGCCCAUAUCUGCCCGUAGCCCCGCAAGCUUCAAGAGCCCACCCAUCUUGCCGACCUUGGACCUGCCCUUUCUUGGAGAGGAUAUCCUGCUUGAUCUCAAGUCCCCAACAGCUACCGUGGCUUCGGUGCCAGCCCGUUCGCCGGCAUCCAAUAUCCAUGAUACAGCAAGGAAGCUGGAAGGGCCGAAGUCGCCCUCUGCCAGACACAACUCGGGGGUCUCGGACUCCAAAAAUGGUGCCGACCACGUUGAGGCCCCGAUUUCUGGCUCGAGGCCGUUCCUAGACUUUGCUCAACUCUCGCUGGAGUCUUCGUCUCAGGCCCGUUCUGGGACUCGCCCAGUCUCUUGCGCCGACUCUCGGCUGGACUCGUGGUCUUCCAGAUCGUCCUCGCUACCCCAAGGCGGGGGGGAUGCAGAGGCUGCCGUCGGCCGGCAAGGGAAGUGGCAAAAGAAACGCCAUUCGUUGAUGGGAACAUUCAGCGGGAGCCGGUCAGCGGAUGCUUUAAGUGGCACGUCUCGCGCUCUGAACCGUGCGAGUGUCUACCUGACAAAGUUCAAGCAGCGGCCCCAGGCUGUCUUUGGACGAGGGGGCCUCGGCCCAUCCCCCACCGCUUCUAGGUCGCCAUCACCAGGGGAUUACUUGCCAGACACACUUGCCGUGCCGGAAGCAGCCUCCUCGGUGCCGGAUACCACUCGCCCUGCAUCGCGAACAGAUACGAGCAGUCCCGACGCCUCAUCAACCGAAGAUGGUACGACAUCUGGUUCGUUUGGGACCACGACAGCUCCAUCGGAUCAUGGAUCAGACACGACAGCUGCCGCUUCCAGGACCGCAGCGGCUUCGCCCACCGCGGGGGACCCGCUUGAGUCACAGUUCGACGAGCUGGAGGCUGCCUACCAUACGUUCGAGACCCGGCCGACCACUGGGCACCGCAUGAUUGUCGUCAAGAAAGCACUUUUGCCGUUUCUGCGCCGCUAUGCCCACGACCCUUCUAACAAGGACACAGAUAUACUUGGGCCCGAGGACAUCGAGCGUCGCACAGCAAUUUUUGGAAGGUGGUGGGUUGCGCUUCUGCAGAUCCUGGAUGGCCGUAGCGGCCGCGUCGCAUGGAGUGACGCCGUCAUGGCCAUGUUUCCCCCUUCCUGUACCCCUCAGCUAUUGGGUGGCGUUGAUCGGCCAGCCCUUCUUGAGGCAGCUACCGAGAUCAUGAUGCGCCCAGAGUGGCGGCUAAGCACCACCUACUUCCGCCCGCUGUCAGAACGGUGUCCAGCUGAAAAGGUGCGGGUGCGGUCCAACUCUGCCAGCGCCCCCUCGCUUGGGGACAUAAGGGGCUCAGCCUUCGCCGCCCGUUCGGCAGAGCACCGGAUCAGAACUAUGUUUAUGUCCAUUCUGCUUGCGCACAUGGCGCUGGUCGUGGACAAGAUGUCCCUCAGGCACACCCCGCUACCUUUGGUCAAGUUCGCCGGCACGGCCUGCGCAUAUGCCUUCUUCUUCGUCCCAGGAGUGGCGGACAUCCUGGUGCGACUCUGGGGUCUCGACAAGAAGUUGGAUGCCGUUACCCGCGUCGUUGAUGAGCUUGGUCUGCCCAGGGCUAGUAAAGGGGAAAGCGAGGACAUUGUGGCGCUUUUCCCUCCGAGCAUGGGAUCUCUAGGCUGGACAUCGAUCCGGGCCCUGCGCGAGAAGCUGCGGCGGCCCGCCAAAGUGCCGUUACAAGCAACGCAGAUACCCUGGUAUGGGCCUUGGAUGUCGAGAUGGCGAGGAGACGACUCGGACCUCUUGUUCGUGUUCUGCAAGUACUUUUACCUCAUCUCGGAGCAGUUCGUGCCGUCGGGGCUGCCCCUCAUCGAAAAGGCCAGAGCCCCGGCCUUUGUGCUUCUCCACGCCCAACUGUUGUCCAUCAUGGACAACACCAUCAACCGGCAGGCCGCAUUCGAUGCGAUGAUGCGCCCGCCGAUGCCAGAUGCCUUGCAUGGCGCAGAUGCGGCACUCACUCCCAUGGCACAGCUUCUUCCUCACACCAACCUGCUUCGAGGCAUGGAUGAGAACUGUCUGAUCGUGUUGCUCAGGGACUUUCUCUCGGCGGACGAUUGUCUUGUCGGGCCCCGCAACGCCUUCGCCAAGGCAUUCAUGAUAUUGCUCAAGGCUGCGACCAAACAUACACGGCGUCAUGACCACACAUGCCAAUACAUCCUUUGCGAUUUUCUACAGGAGGCGCUUCAUGUGUACAACGGAGGCUUCGACACCACACCGGGCGGCGACACCGAGCGGUGCCUGAGCCCUAUGGGAGGACAGCGGCGGCACUUGGACCUCGUUGACUGGCCGUUUUGGCUAAACGUGUACAAGCUGAUGUUGUCCAACAAUAACACCAUGUCGGAGAUUCAGGUCCUUUCUUUUAUCUUUUCCACAUGGGAUAUCAUCGCCGCAGAUCCAGUGCGAAAGGAGGCCUUGUGUUUGGACUGGCUUUUGACCGAAGAGGUCUUUGUCAGCUUCUUCACAAACUGGUGCCCGAUGGUUCGCGCGUAUUUCAUGCGACUACUUUGCUGGCGAAUCUGUCGGGACGGCGGGAGUCCCAAUGAGGUUGACGCACGAAUAUUCAUGACCGCCUCUGAGAGACUUAUGACCACCUGGUCUCACUAUUUAUGGCUGAAACAGCGAUCAGAACUGAUUCGUUCUAUACCUCCUAGCACUGCUCCGAGUCUGCCUCAGCCGGGCAAGCGAUUCAUGAUCGUCCGCACAGAGAUGCCCAUGCUACAACGCGGUCUGCUUGCCUCGUCCGACUCGACCUCCAACUUCAAGUCUUAUCCCGGAUCCGCAGGCUCGGACGACGACGGCUCCGGGAUUACGACAGGCUCGGAUAAUGGCGGCGGCAGCAAGCCCCCGUCGGCCAGUAAACGGUGGUCUCUACUGGGCAAAGUACUCAAUAUUAGCACAACUGCAGCGCCUGCUGGAACAGUGGCGCCGGGUACCUGGACAAGCGGCGGGCGGCGACAAAGCUAUGACGAGGAGCUCGAUCAGGCUCGCAAGGAUCUCGCGGCCACACGGUCUCAGACGAUGCCGGCGAGCGUGCGGCUCUCCCUCGAGGGCCCGCCCCCAACGCCGCCACCGAAACAACCGACGAUAGCGUCUCCAGUCUCAGACUCAGACUCGACAGGCUCGUCCCUCGUGUAUGACGCCUCGCGGUUUGUUUUCAGAUUCACUCUCCACAACAUCAACUGGCCUGGUGGCUUCCCUAUCCCCGCCAGGGACCUGAUCCUUUCGCGCCCUCGCCUGCCCGUCCCCGCGCAGGCUCGAGUCACCUCCAGGCUUGCCUCCAUGGGCCACCGGAGCGAGAGCCCUCCUCCACCAUCCCCGGGUCUCCCACCCCCGACCAGACUCGUAUCCGGCUGGGCACAAGGCGGGCUGAUCAACGGGGCCAGAAACGCGCAGCCUCUGAGCCCGGGCGGACAUCCAGUCAGCCCCGCCGACGGUCCCCGGCGCAGCGCCAGCAGCCGUCGGAGCGACGUCUCGGGUGACGCUAAGCGUGAAUUCACUCCAAUAGGCAAGCUCCCGUUCGAGGCGUUGUUGGACGUCGACGAGCUGUUCGACAGUCGUGUCAAGGAGCCAGACCGGCAAUCCCCCCAGAAGGAGAGCCUAGGGCGGCAGACAGGGGGCCUUGUCCGCCCCGUCGGCAUAUACGAAACUAGCGCGCGGUACGCCGGCCGAGCGCUCGCCGAGUGGAGUCUGGUUGUCAGCGAGUGCAACUCGUUUGUCGACCGGAGGCGAGAAGAGGGCGUCCUGGGCCUGGGCGAGGUCGAGGUCCCAACACUAGGCGUCGAGGGGAUGCACUGGAUAUAUAAAACUUUAUGUGCUGAUGACACCUGGCUUUAG